AUGUCGGUUCAGGAACAACCUGUUUGUAAUAAUAUUCCUGGGCAAUCACCGCCGUCAUCUAUUGUGAUACAUCGAGGCAGUGAAAAGUACGAUCCAUUUGUUAAUGAUGAUGAUGAUGAUGAUGAUGAUGAUGAUGAAAAUGAUAGUGAACAGUUGAAAAGUGCAAAAAAUCAAAAGCAAGAAUCCAUUCGGAUCAACAAUGGAAAUUCAAUACACCCUGUGAUUAAUAAUACAAAUGGAUCGUCGAGUUCUGAUAAAUCUUCAUCAUUACAAACGAGUGAACAACAAGAAUCACGAAGUAAAAGCCCUGUAGAGCAUCAUAACAAUCAUAGAUCAAAAUCACCUUCUCGUCACAAUCCUUCUGAUCGAAAACGUCUUCGUCCUUCAUCGCCAAAUUCAUCUACGAUAGCAACAGUGACCAGUAACGAUUCAUCAUCAAAUUCUGAUACAAUCUCAGCAUCAAAAUAUAAAAAACUCUACCGAGAUGACGAUCGAAAAACAUUGUCAAAACAUUAUAAACCUCGAUCGUCUUCAUCGUCACCUUCGCAGUCGAACAAUCAUAAUAAAAAAAUAUUUGAUUGGAAAGAUGAUAGAUCUUCAAAUUCAUCGUAUAAUAAAUCGUUACAUCGCUCAGAAAAACGAGAUGAACAUCAUUCUAAUCGGCAACGUAAUUAUCAUUCUUAUCUAUCAUCAAAAUAUUCGUCGUCAUCACAUAAUGAACGUCGAGCAACAACAGAUUCUAGUCCACCUCGCCUUCCUUCAAAAAUAUUAAUACCGGAUGGAAAUUCAUCUCUUCCAAGUACGGAAUCAACUAGAAAUACAACAUCAACAGAAGAUCGCAAUCGAAUAUAUAAUCGUUUGAAGAACAUGAACGAUACAAAUACGCCUGUUAGUCCUAUCAACAAUUCAAAAAAAAUUUCAUCAACAGGAUCACCAUUUAUGAAUUCAAACGGUGGAUCUCAACAUUCACGUAGUAAUUUAAUUGAAAUAGUCACUACAGAAGCUGCAUCUGGAUCAACUCAAGUCCCUCCAACACGAUUAUCAUUACCUCAAGUUAAAUCUGAUGCAAUCAAACCAUUACCUGCUCCUCCUAUUCCUACGAAUAUUGAAUCUAAAACAAAUACAACCGAUUCUAUUCAAUCAACAAAAAUCAAUGGUAAUACGGCAGAUGAUAUGCUCAUGGAAGAAAUGCUACUCGAAGAAGAACAAGAACAAAGUCCAGUCAAAUCUAUUGAUAUCGAUAGUUUAACCAUACCUGAAACAUCAAAUAAAAAACCUGAUAAUAUCGAAGAACCAAUAAAAGUCAUAGAAACAACAGUCACAACAGCAAGCAUUCUCACGGCAACUGUAACCUCUAUUUCUUCUCUAACACCAUCACCAACAAAAAAACCAUAUACAUUGUACAAAGUUCCACAUACAAACCAUAUGACACCGCCAUUAUCAUCUCGACAUAAAAAGCAAACUAAAAAAGAAUCAACCAAUAUCCAAUCUGAGCCAACAAUAGCAACACCGAAUAAACCUACAAUUGAAGAUAAUGCUUUACGAACAUCUCUCGAUGAACGUAUUUCCACUCUAUUAGGAGUAACAAAUAAACCCACCAAUUCAUCUAUAGAACAGCAACCAGAUAUACGAACAAAUCAAACAACAAGAACAUCAACACCCAGUGAUAAAAGUACUGAAAGUCCACAAGAUAUCCCAUCGUUGAUUUCAAAUUUAAUCAAAAAAAGUUCAGAUCACACAUCUGUAACAAAAAAACUUACUGCAAAUGAUGAUCGCCGUUCAACACCGUCAAAACAUUAUACAACUGAAUGGCUUGCUUCACAAAAACCCGAAGAAGCGCCAACAGAAGAAAUAAUUGUUCUUCCGUCUCUUGUUACAUUGCCAACACUUGUCUCAAGUCAACCAUCUGUUUCUAAUACGAAAUCAUCAAGUACAAAUUCAGGUGAAGCAGCUAUGCUUGGUAAACUAACAGAAGCUAUGAGUAAAUUAAUUCAAAAACAAGGCGAUACGAAUCCACCACCAUCAACAACAGCAACCGAAGCAGAUGAUGCAGUUCCUAUAUCAGCUAAACAUCUUGAAAGACUCGAACGAAGAAAACAACGUGAAAAACGUCAAAGUGAAAUAGCUGCAAUUGCUAAAGAAGCUUUAAAACCUGCAUUUAAAAAACACGACAUUUCUAAAGAUGAAUACAAAGAAAUUAUGAAGAAAGUCGUCACUAAAGCUACGCAUGCUAAUGAAGUUGAUCGUAAAAGAAUUGGUAAAAUGAUCGAUGCCUAUAUAGAAAAAUAUCGAACAAUUCGUCAACAUAAUACCACAAAAACUUCGAAUGGAAAUCCUUCAUAA